AUGAUUGUUCAGCAUUUAAUACACCAUUUACGCUGCAAAGUGCAUCCUAUUCUUGCUGCAGGUAGACAAUCUGCUGUAUCAUCUCCAACAGUUUUACGACAAAUGCUGUCCACUUCUUCGGUGGUAUGCCGGAAAGCGAUAAAACGAGAAGAAUACUACCUGAAGAAAGAUAACAUACCUGCAGGAUUCAAUAUUAUAUACCGUGCACCUAUGCAACACUAUCUUUCCGCAUGUAACAUUGUAACAUCGUUCAGUUUUCUGGCCAUCAGCGGUAUCAGUGCGUUCACGUUGCUGAAAGAUUUCCACAACAUUGUUGUUCCGUUCGAAAUCGAGUUUGCAACGUUAACGGCCAACGAGACGGAUUUGUUGUACUUUAUGGGAUUUUUCCUUCUCGUCAAUGUUGUCAUUCGGAUCAUGGUCAAUCGCUAUCCGCUGAGAAUAUACAGGAAUGGAAAACACUAUCUUGCCGUGUUCGAGGGUCAGUUGCCUAUGGUUACCAAGCAGUUGAACUUCCAGCAGGGAGACGUAGUUCCGGUACCGCCAGGAGGUGUUUUACCCUGGCAAGAAUCGAGAUACAAAAUCAACGAUAAGCAUGUUCUGUUGCUGGAAGAUUAUUUCCGUACCCCGUCGGAGAUAACUGCAAUGACGAUGCCCCAAAAUGCAGACGAUGAGUGA